AUGAUAAUACAUAAAAAUACUCUACUCUCUCCUCUACAUCACCUCCUCUACACCACCUCCUCUCCUCUACACCACCUCCUCUCCUCUACAUCACCUCCUCUACACCACCUCCUACACCACCUCCUCUACAUCACCUCCUGCUCUUUCUCCUCUACACCACCUCCUCUCCUCUACACCACCACCACCUUUACUCUACACCACCUCCUCUCCUCUACAUCUACAUCACCUCCUCUCCUUUACACCACCUCCUCUCCUCUACACCACCUCCUCUCCUCUUCACCACCUCCUCUCCUCUACAUCACCUCCUCUCCUCUACAUCACCUCUGCUCUACAUCACCUCCUCUCCUUUACACCACCUCCUCUCCUCUACACCACCUCCUCUCCUCUUCACCACCUCCUCUCCUCUACAUCACCUCUGCUCUACAUCACCUCCUCUCCUUUACACCACCUCCUCUCCUCUACACCACCUCCUCUCCUCUACACCACCUCCUCUCCUCUUCACCACCUCCUCUCCUCUACACCACCACCACCUUUACUCUACACCACCUCCUCUCCUCUACAUCUACAUCACCUCCUCUCCUCUACAUCACCUCUGCUCUACAUCACCUCCUCUCCUCUACAUCACCUCCUCUCCUCUACACCACCUCCUCUCCUCUACACCACCUCCUCUCCUCUACACCACCACCUUUACUCUACACCACCUCCUGCUCUUUCUCCUCUACACCACCUCCUCUCCUCUACAUCACCUCCUCUCCUCUACAUCACCUCCUCACCUCUACACCACCUACUGCACAUCACCUCCUCUCCUCUACACCACCACCUUUACUCUACAUCACCUCCUCUCCUCUACAUCACUUCCUCUCCUCUACAUCACCUCCUCUCCUCUACAUCACCUCCUCACCUCUACACCACCUACUCUACAUCACCUCCUCACUUCUACACCACCUCUACUCUACAUCACCUCCUCUCCUCUACACCACCUCCUCUCCUCUAUAUCACCUCCUCUCCUUUACACCACCUCCUCUACAUCACCUCCUCUACAUCACCUCCUCUACACCACCUACUGCACAUCACCUCCUCUCCUCUACACCACCUCCUCUCCUCUACCCCACCUCCUCUCCUCUUCACCACCUCCUCUCCCCUUCACCACCUCCUCUCCUCUACACCAGGGUGCUCCUGCAGCCCACAGUGCUCCGCAGCCCACAGUGCUCCUGCAGCCCACAGUGCUGCUCCGCAGCCCACAGUGCUCCGCAGCCCACAGUGCUCCUGCAGCCCACAGUGCUCCGCAGCCCACCUCACACUCUUCAUUUGUAUUCUGCUGCGGUGCAAAGGCGAGACUCCGAUGACUGUAUUCAUAGGAGCAGAUGA